ACUGAAAAUUGUCUGUAUUGAAACUGUCGUCUGUAUUUUAGUUAAGAGUUGCACAAAACAGAACACAAAUCACAGCUAAGUCACCGUCUGUUCAUGUUAGUGAUGUUGGUAUUUGUAUGCCUCCUGAAUAUAUUAUCUGAUGUUGCUCAGUCCAAAUGCUUUUCACGCAGAGUCCUGACACACGCAUGCUUGCUCAGUGCUGGUGGCUGAAAUGCAGCAACAUUUAGGAUGUAACGUUAACGUUAACGCUAACCGGAAAUUGUUUGGAAGCCGUAGGGAAACGCUGCCGGGAGAUGCUGCCGUCAUAAACAGGCAGAUGAAAAUACAGAACAGUCUCGGCCCUGACAGGCACAGUAUUCAGCUUGAUCUAGUAUGGAUGCUGAUGACUGCAAUGGCCGAUCUUACAUAUCAGCUAGUGGAGACUCAUCAAUGGAAAGGGAGUUUUCUGGAGCCCUGGGAGGUCCAACAGUGAGCACCCCGAACAGCAAGGAGACCUCACCUAGUCGCUCCAUCAGUGCCAAUUCUAUUAAAGUGGAGUUAUACAGUGAUGAAGACCCAGGACGCAGUACUGAAGAUGAAAGAGGGGAGCGGGUAGAGGAAAGUGUUCCAGAGCAGGGAUCUGAGGCUGUCGGAGGCUACAGGGAACCCACCAAUCCUGACAUCAUGCCAACUGGAGCCACCAGAAUGCCAAAUGGAAAGCUUAAGUGUGACAUCUGUGGAAUGAUCUGCAUUGGACCUAAUGUCCUCAUGGUCCACAAACGCAGUCAUACAGGUGAGCGACCGUUCCAGUGUAAUCAGUGUGGCGCCUCCUUCACUCAAAAAGGUAACCUGCUUCGCCACAUCAAGUUGCACUCAGGGGAGAAGCCCUUUAAAUGUCCUUUCUGCAGUUAUGCUUGUAGAAGACGAGAUGCGCUCACUGGCCACCUUCGUACUCAUGCAGUGACCUCUCCAACUGUCGGGAAGCCUUACAAGUGCAGUUAUUGUGGCCGGAGUUACAAGCAGCAGAGCACCCUGGAGGAGCACCGUGAGCGCUGCCACAGCUACUUACAGAGUCUGGAGUCGCAGCAGCCAUCCAGUGCACAGAAUGCAGGAGAGGAGAUGAGAGAGCUAGAGUUUAUACCAGACUCUCUACUGCAACCCUCCUCAGAAAAGAUGGCAUUUAUCGAUCGGCUCGCAAACAGCAUCACCAAACGCAAGAGAUCCACACCACAGAAAUUUGUAGGACAGAAGCACAUACGCCUGAACCUUCAAGAUGCACCAUAUGAGCUCAGUGCUGGUUUGGAUAAAGACCGAGAGAUUCACACAGGGGACCUUGAAGCCCCGCACUUUCCUGGUCUGGGAGGAGAAUAUGCCGGUAUAGCAGGUAAUGGAGGAGGAGGGGUAUCAGACACACUGAGGCCUCUACACCUUCCCACCACUCACCCCUCAUGUUUAUCAGAACUCAGGCCCAUCCACAGCUCGAUUCACACCUCUGUUGCUCUAGGCCCAAGGCUGGAUUGUACAGGGACUGGAGCUGGGAUAGCAGCUGUGGGUGUAGGGGGGAGAGAGGCAGCAGAGGGUCAUGAAGACCUGCCUGCGGGACAAAGCCAUGUGCCCUCACCUAGCAAUGGUUGUCAGGACUCCACAGACACAGAGAGCAUGCCAGAUGAGCCGUGCAACAGUACUGCUCCUACUCUGACCCUGCACAGUAACAAUGGCCAUCACCUUCUCCACUCCAAUAACCAUCACGCGGCGACUCCUACCAUCGCACACCACAGGAGUCGGGACAGACACAGUCCCAACCACGCCAAAGACAGGGAGGUGGAAAAAGAGGAUGGGGGCCACUCAGCCCUCCCACCUCCUGCCCUCGCGCCAACUCCCAGCUCCCCUACAGCACCUUCCUCCACCUCUAGGGAGGCUUUUCGGGUUGUUGACGGGGAGGGGCGAGCCGUGCGCUCUUUUCGUUGCGAGCACUGCCGCGUGCUUUUCCUGGACCAUGUCAUGUUUACCAUCCAUAUGGGUUGCCACGGUUUUCGCCAGCCUUUUGAGUGUAACAUCUGUGGCCAUCGCAGCCAGGACCGCUAUGAAUUUUCUUCACACAUUGUCCGUGGGGAGCACAUCCUUGACUGAAGAUAAAGGGUGGACAUCCUGCUUUACCUAGUGCUAUUUUUACAUUGUGACAAGGACCUGGCUGGGUUUGGUCUGCACAAAAGGUAGAGGAGACACAGAUGACAUGAAACUGAUGUGAAUACUUCAAAGAGGCACUGGUACAACUAACAUGUACCAGCACAGAUGACAAGCUCAUGUGUGUUUCUGAAAUGAUAAUUGUAGUCCUUAUUAUUUUCGUUGCACUUUGGACAAUGAAUCCAGUUUAAAUGCACUUUUAAUUAAACCUAUUCUAAAGUAGAUCAAGAGCCAAUGCACUUUUUCAUCCACAGAUGUGCCUUGCUCCAAAAUUCAGGAUUCAAACUUGAUGCACAAAUUGUGGUUGACCAAUUCUGGCUUUUGUCCAUAACCUGAAAAUGUUUCCUUCUUGUGCACUUUAACAGAGGCAACAUAAAACAGCUUAUGUGAAAUUUAUAGGCUCGUCUGCAGUGGAAUCUGAAGUUUUGAACGCCUUGUUCUUAAAUGCACUCUUUCAAUGAAAUGUUUCCCUAAGAAAUAUAAGUGUUCUGCAAACACUGAUUCUAUCCAGUAAACAGCUUUUUAUAAUGAAAACUGAAGAGUGCAGACCAAACACAGAAACCUGGUCCAAGUCAUGUAGAUGGUUGUUCGUAAAUUAGAACUGCACUUUGUUUUUAACGGGGUUGGGGUGGACAGAUCUGUAUGUGUGUCUGUCUGUCUGUGUGAAAAUGUGAGGGCCUGUGUUUUGUUUUUUUUUUGUUUGUUUGUUUGUUUGUUCUUUUUUUAAGUGAAUAAGUAAAGUGGACAAUGAAGGCCUUUUGUGUGAAUGCUGAGUGGGGCCAUGUAUGACGUGUUUGUUUUUCUUCCAUAUGACUGCUUUUGUUGCACUGAUACCUGCCAGAAUACUAUGAUUAUAUUAAACUAUUUUAUGGAA